AUGGAAGCCCUUGAUGCAUCGAGCUCCCAGUGCGGGGCAUACCAUGAACCUUCAUACCUCGAGCUGACAGUUUCAAUUGUCAUUCUCCUCGGUCUGUUCGUCUCAUAUCUCCCCCAACACUACCGUAUCAUUUCACGGGGUACAUCCGAGGGAAUAUCCCCGUACUUUGUUCUGCUUGGUACGACGUCUGCGACUGCUGGAUUCGCCAAUAUUCUCACAGUUCCACCAUCUCGCGCCGCCAUUGGCUGCUGCAAGGAACUGGAUACCUUUGAGUGUGCUGCAGGUUUACUGGGCGUCGCACAGCUUGGUGCGCAGUGGCUCUGCUUUCUUUUCAUCCUCGUUCUAUUCCUCAUUUUCUUCCGAUACCGAGGAGCUUCUGUGCCCCAGGAAGAGUUGGUCGGUGAUGCCCCAGGCUGGCGUACUGCAGCAACUGUCGGUCUGCUAUGCAUUUUCCACGGGUUAAUUGUGAUUAUCUUGACUGGCGUCUUUGUCAUUGCACUCCCCAGUCACCUCAACUUCUGGGCGAAUUUCCUCGGCGUCAUGGCAGCUGCAUUGGCGGCGGUUCAGUACAUCCCCCAGAUUUGGACGACUUAUAAGCUGAAGCAUGCUGGAAGUCUGAGCAUUCCCAUGAUGUGCAUUCAGACUCCCGGCGGUCUACUCUUCGCUGCAAGCCUCUUCGCAAGACUCGGCUGGGAAGGCUGGAGUACCUGGGCCAUCUAUCUAUUGACAGCUGGCAUGCAAGGAAUGGUUCUAUUCUUGGCUAUUUCAUACGAACUCGCGGCACGACGCGAAAGGCCCGUCUACAAUUACACCGAAAGUGCACCCGAGUCUCCUGUCGAUCGAUACCACUCCAGCCGGCGACCAGUAGCAAACCGGACAUACUCGGAAGGGUGGGAGCGUGGUCUCCCAGGGCCAUUUACAGGCCACCCCGAGUUGUACGCGGAAACUGAAGAAGACUUGGACGAUAUUCAGGAACGAGAGGAGCGGGCCAUCGCCCGAGAGAACCAACCUCUACUGAAGCCUGGAGGGAUCGGAAAUCCCCACAAGACCUACAACUCAAAUCACCAUUAG